AUGAGAAAGAGGAACCAUCCAAGAAAAACCCGUUUAAAGAGGCCCGAAUCCAUGGAUAUACAAGAACAAUGGAAAGAGGAUCAGUGGAAUUAUUUUAUGAAUAAAACGGAGGAUGACUGGGUAGAAUUUAACAAAACUAUGGACGAUCUCAUUUCUUCAUGGUUCCAAAAAAAAGAACUGGAAUGGGAUGCAUGGAUAAGAGCAAUGAAAAAUAGAUGGGAAUAUUACAACAAAAAUAUGGACGAGUAUGUACUUGAGGUGAUAAAACGUUCCUUAAAAUGGACAGAUUCUCAAUGGAAAAAAUGGAUUAAAGUCAUGAAAAAGAAAUCGAUGAAACCCUUCGGAACUUCGGGAGAUGAAUACAUACUUGAUGUUUUUCAACAGAAGUCAAGUUGGACCACUGAGCAAUGGAAAGAGUGGAUUAAUACACCAAUAAGGGAAUGUAUGGACAAGGAUUGGGAAUAUUGGAUUGAUGAAGAUCAAUACAAAUUAGCUAAUUGGAUGAUGGACAAUUUUGAUAAAUGGGUAAGUAAAAGAAUAAUGGAAUGGGAACAAGAAAAGUGGAAAACUGAAGAAAACGAAUAUUGGGCCAAUUGGGAAGCGGAAGGGUCAGGACAUAAAUCGAGAAUAUCUACUGAUAGAAAAAAUUGGAACCUAUGGAAAGAAAGAACAGAUAGAGAACAGAAACAAUGGAACAUGUCUAUCGAACAGAAAAGGAACGAAUUUCUCAAUAAAGAUGUUGUGCCAUGGAUAAAAUGGAAAUCUGAAAAGACCAAAAUGUUUGAGGAUUGGAAAGAAAGGACACUGGGCACCUGGAUAAAGGAGAAGCAAUGGUAUGUGUGGCUUAAUAAGAAGAAAUUAGUAUGUAGAAGAAAAUUGUACUAA